AUGGAUAAAAGUUCUCAUAUUUUCCAAGGGCCUAAUGGUGAGGAAGAUAAUGAAGAUUUCCUGACCCUAUCACUCUCAACAGGACCGUCAUCCUCAGCGGCAGCACCACCAUCAUCACCAUUGGGGCUACAAAUCCUUCAACCCACAAGUUUACCCUUAACGCCUGCUGCUCCACUAUCACCACAAAUCUCGUUUUUUCCGCAGUUUCUCCCAAUCCCACAAGCCCCGCCGCUACCAUCAUAUUAUCCUAACCAUCAAAGCCAUAGCCCUACCUGCCUUAACCCUAACGACAAUGGGGUUUCUAAAGAGAUUGUCAGCCAUUCACGCCCAUCCCGUUCCCGUAGAAACCCUUUUCAGACACCAAGACAAGGGAAAACUGAAACCAUCCCACCACCUUUCCCGUGGGCUACUACUCAACGUGCCAUGGUACACAGCCUUGAGUACCUUUUAUCACAUAACAUGACCAUCAUUAGUGGAGAAGUUCAGUGCAAAAAGUGCGACAAGGUUUACAAGAUUGAAUAUGAUUUGGAACAAAAGUUCAGGGAGAUUGCAUCCUUCAUAUCAGAAAACAGGUUUGCUAUGCAUGAUCGAGCACCGUCUGCUUGGAUGAAUCCGAACCUUCCCAGUUGCGAAUCUUGUGGAAGUUGCGUGAAGCCUGUUGUUUCAAAGAAAAGAUCUAUAAAUUGGUUAUUUUUGCUAUUGGGAAAGAUGCUGGGGUGUUGUAAGCUUUCAGAGUUGAAGUACUUUUGCAAGCAUACAAAGAAUCAUAGGACGGGUGCUAAGGAUCGAGUCCUUUAUCUCACUUAUCUAGGAUUGUGCAAGCAAUUAGAUCCAAAGGGACCUUUUGAUAUUUAA